AUGGCUUCCGAAGAUUUGAAAGCCUGGAUCGCCGGCAUGCCCAAGGCCGAGUUGCACGUCCAUCUAGAAGGCUGUUUGACGCCCUCGCUGGCCCGCACCCUAGCAGAGCGGAAUGGUCUACCGUUACCGCCAGCCUUGUCAUCUCUCGACCAGACGUCAGGCUAUUCUUUCCAUGACCUGAGCAGCUUCCUCGCAGUUUACUACCCCAAUAUGGCAGUCCUACAAACGGAGCAUGACUUCCGCGAUCUGGCCCUCUCUUAUCUUACCCAUGCUCAUUCCCAGAAUGUCAAGCAUGUGGAGCUCUUCUUUGAUCCUCAGGCACACACUUCAAGGGGCGUCACAUUUCCGACUAUUCUUCGGGGAUACCGAAUGGGGUUGUUGAUUGCUCAAAGAACUCUGGGGAUUUCUGCCAGCCUGAUCAUGUGCUUCUUGCGGGACCAAUCUCCAGAAUAUGCAAUGGCUACGCUGAUGGAGGCCUUGCCCUUCAGGGACUCGAUCAUUGGCGUGGGUCUGGACUCCGACGAACGCGAUAACCCGCCUUCGAAGUUUGCUGCCGUGUUCCAGCGUGCAAGCAGAGAAGGCUUCCUCCUGACUGCGCAUUGCGACAUAGACCAGCCCAACAGCAUUGACAACAUUCGUCAAGUCAUCCACGAGAUCCAGGUUGAUCGAAUUGACCAUGGAACCAAUGUCAUUGAGGACGAGUCGCUAAUCGAGGUGCUGCGCCACAAAGGUAUCGGGCUGACAUGUUGUCCAGUCUCAAACUCGGUCGUAACCCAGGACUUCAAAGGUAAAGAAAUUGUCCACCUCCUCCGCCGUGGGGUGAAGGUCACUAUCAAUUCGGACGACCCUGCAUAUUUUAGGGCUUAUGUCAAUGAAAACAUUGAAAAGAUGGCGGUGGAGGCCGAUGUGACCAGAAAGGAUCUCAUUCAGUUCCAGCGGAAUGCCUUCUGUAUUUCGUGGAUCUCGACGUGGCGAAGGAACCAUUUCCUGUCCCUUCUGGAUGAAUAUGAGAAGAAGACUCUAUCCACUGUGGCUAACGGAACAUAA